GUUAGGAUGGCUUCCACCACCAAGAGCUACCUCGAUCUCAUAAAUGAUUGCGAUAGAUUCCCAUACGACGAUCCCUUGAAGCCUCUGGGAGACCAUUUUUGGUGUCAGAUCUAUCAAUUUAUGCUACCUGAAGAUCCCAGAACACAUGGUUUCAUGCUCGCUUCCACGGUCAAGAAGAUGCCUUGGACAAGUGACUUCGUCAUUGACCAUAAAGCCAGAACAGUUCGACUUUUUUCCUCAAAAGAUAACGGAGACCCCGCUACCGCUUGCACAACAGCCUUCUCCAAGCUCAUUCAACGAAUUAUUGAUGAAGACACCUUUCGAGUGAUCCACGGCACGCAUAGCGAGCCGUAUCCAAUCAUUGGAGCCAACUUCUCGGUUUCCAUGGAACGUUAUGCCAGCACCCUGUUUGGGAUUGUUUCACGUGGUGCACAUCUCACGGUGUAUACGAAGACCGCAUCCGGGAUGAAGAUCUGGGUACCUCGUCGAUCUUCAAACUUGUUUACUUAUCCGAACUGCCUCGACACGACUGUAGCUGGCGGUGUGGCCUUUGGAGAAGGGUCCUUCGAAUGCAUUGUUCGUGAAGCGGAUGAAGAAGCUUCUCUUCCCGAGGACCUGAUUCGGAAACAAGUCGUACAUUGUGGAUGUAUCUCGUACAUGGGCUUAAACGACCGAGGAGGUGGCGGAGAGACUGGACUCAUUGCUCCUGACAUAAUGUUUGUUUACGACCUCGAAAUCCCCGAAGGCGUUGUCUGUAAGCAGAACGAUGAUGAGGUCAAAGAGUUCUAUUUGAUGACCGUCGGUGAAGUGAAGGAAUGCCUUGCCAGGGCAGAAUUUAAGACGAACAGCGCACUUGUCAUGAUAGAUUUUUUCAUCAGACAUGGGAUCAUUACGGCCGAGAGUGAGAAGAAUUAUGCAGAUAUUAUCGCCCGCCUCCACCGCAGGUUACCUCUUCCAACCACGCCUCAGUAAAUAGUUUAGAAGGGUCGUGAGAGAUUGGGCAGAUGCUCGAAGGAAGCACAAAGGAUCGUCCCGGUCUUGACGACCAAAAGUUGAUGAAAGAGAAUACUCUGUUCUUUGUUCGCAUAUCGAGCAACAAGCAGGACAGUGUGGACAAUGCAAGCAAAGACCUAAAGGAAAGAACAGACAUUGCACAAUGGACAUAUAGCUACCAGAGCCAAACUUCGAACUCCAUAAAUCGAUUUCUCAACUUUCGAACCUUACAACCUCGACCACCACUGUCACUUCUCAAUCAUG